UGGCGGAACCUCUCGACCAGCUUGGAGCGGAAAAUCCGAGAAGAACGCGCGCGAGUGCCUGAAAAUAUUUGAAAAAUCUCCAACCAAAGGGAAAUAAAUCUAGAGAAGGAAAAUAACAGUGCAAAAAAUGUCAGGAAUUCUAUUGCUUCUGGCCCUGCUAGCCUUCAUUUCAAAUGGCGCUGCCAUCAAAUGUUACGUCUGCGACUCGAGCGAUAAUCCCAGCUGCGCCGAUCUGGGCUCCAAUUCCAGCAUUGUGCCGGAGGAAUGCACAUUGGACAAAAUGAAAUCGCUAGACACCUGGCUUUUUGACCUAAACAAAUUCUCCUAUUUCGAUAACGGCGCCAAUAAAAAUCCGCUUAUGAAUUGCCAAAAAGUUGUGGCCAAAGACCCUGACACUAGAAAAGUGGUGACUGCUCGCUUUUGCCAACUGGACACCGGGGAUUCCGAUGCCUGUCAGAUCCUGAGGACCAAGCUGCGAAUCCCGUCCCCCGAGGAGCGGGAUCAGCGCAAUCGCAACCAGAACAAGAGGCGGAAGAAGGGCCAGGAUGCGGAUGACGAGGACGAGACCUCCGCAGAGGAUGCGUUCUUCUGCGAUAUUUGCAAAUCGGAUCGCUGCAAUGGAGCGGCGGCCAUAACGCUAUCAGUGGGUUCGGUUUUGGCCCUGAUUUUGAUCCAACUGGGCCACUAAAGCAGUGAACGUACAAGGGAUAUACAUAUAUAUAGACCUAUACCGAUGGAAUGAGUUGGUUGCAUUUAGGUUGAGUUACCGUUAGCGUUACCCUGGCCGUUUACUUUGUAAAUAUUUGAGUGCAAUGUCGCUGAUUCGUACAAGUGUUUCAAAGGCACUCACUUAACCCCCCUACCCCUUACCUUUCCCUCCCACCCUUUCCCUCACCCCUAGACAUGUAAGCACCCACACACAAACCCCAGUACACCGAUACAAUACACAGAAACGGAGAAAGCUAACACACAUAGUCCCUUUGAUUCAAAACAAAUAUGAAACUUUCGAUUUCCAAAAUAAAUACCAAAAAAUUGUAGGGAUAACCAUGUUUGCAAGAUACUACAUCCUAUAUACAUAUAUCAAUGUUUAUGAUACUAUGUUGUUAGCCCUUACGAUCUAGCUUUAUUAUGUUACUAUUCAGAUUGUUAUUUAUAAUUGCUAGGAGCGAAGAGUAUAAGAAUUCACCGAAUGCCUUUAAUUUUCAUAUUUCAUAGCAAGCAAUAUAGAGGUGAAUUAAUAUUGACGUUGGAUGUGUAUAUUAUUAGGUAAAUUCAAAAGUGCUUAGUGAAUUCGCGUUAAAAAUUACCGGAUUUUUGAAACUUACAUCUGAUAUGGUAUAAAUAAAUUUGUCAUAAAAGCCGCAAGCAAAAACAAUCAACUAAAAUGCAAGACGCGAAUUUAUGAAUAAAAUAUAACAAAUGCAAUUAUUGUUAAAUAAAUGUGCAAUUAGACGAAAUGUAAAAGCAAUGCAAUAGAUAUUCUGAGAGCUUAGAACCGCCUAAAAGCCGCACACUACAUAGUACUAUAUGUUUUUGCGCCGAAUCGAGCAAUCAGUUCUGCUUAGUUCAUAAGCGAGUUUUGAAAUGGAAACGAAAAAUUGAACAUUCAGAGCACACGAAUAAAUGCUGUAUGACAGUA